AUGACCGUCUGGGUCGAUCAUGUAACGAAUGGUCCUCUGCCCGAUCCUGUCGCUGUCAGGCCGUUGGACACUAAUCCGGUGGUUGUAGCCACAGAAAGACGUGCCAACCAACUUGCCGUUCCACCUGACAAUUUUUUCACUCCCGUCGUUGAAAAAGCGGAUUCCUCACUGACCCCUAACAUGGCCAUUAAGGGUCCUUUCUCAACCACAAGAGGGAUGUACUGGCUAAGUAGCACCAAGGACCCGAUGAAAUGUCCGCCCAACAGAAGCGCCUUCUAUCCUUAUCGCGCAGGGGACAUCUGGAUCAACGACAUACUUAAUGAUUGCCCAGCCCGUCAAGUGUUCGUAUGGACGGCUUCAGAUGACUGGACGAUAGUUCCGGGUCAGGCUCUAGAGCACAGAAAGGCGCGAUUCCAGCACCCUGUGGAAGCAGACCGUUGGUUCUCCUUCAACUGCAGCGGUAUUCCCACAUGGCUCAAAAUGUCUACGAUCGAGAAGAAUGGUAGGGCUCUUCGGAAAUGGGAGGCGUUGGGAGGCGUUGAUGAGAUUGAAGGGGCUCAGAAACGUGCUCGUUUAGCGAUGGGGGUUGGAAAAAAGCCCAAACGUGCAGGCACACCUCAUCCAACGGCGAGCGGCACAGCUCGUGUACUCAGACCUGCAGUAGCGCAUCAUCGCACUCCAACUGAAGUUGGUGCUAGAAGAGUUAGGAUUCGCGCACCCGGGGAAGAAGUACCGGAGUAG